GGACUCUCCAAUGCAUACGAGCGUUCUUAGUUACUACAUGGUUACUUGAGCGAGUGUUUUGUUCUUUAUUGAUUGCAGCGCUUGUGUCGAAGCAGCCAACGAUUCAGUGUGGUGUAGAGUGUCCGAGUGUCGCGUUUUCUGGUGAAUCAUUGGCUGUCGUCAUCCGUCGCGUAUAGGUGGUAGUGAUCCUUAGAAGGUGCUGGAUUAAGUGCGAUUUUUUAGAGUGCAUCAGCACUUUUUGGAUGACGAGACAGUGUCCAUUCCGUUGGCAUAGAUCUGCAGUGGUACGGUGUCAACCGCGCACACACAUACUCGCGAGCAUAAACAUCUAAAUCGUACGCACAAAUCGUAGCCAGCCACCAACCAGCUGCUACUGUUCGCUAUUGUAACGUCGUAGUAAGCUGUGUAGGGUGGCAAACAAAGAGCAGCUCCGGAGCAUUGCGUUGCAUACUUCACUGUUCCAUCACGCCCCAUUGCGACGCAUAUCGCCGCACACACCAGCAGUCAGCAGUUCUCGUCUAGUAGCGCUAGGGGCCAAGAAAAGCUUUGUGUAUUUGGUGUUUGGUGCUGUGCGCGUUGUUUGGUAGAGUAACAUUCCUCAUUGCGUAAAAAGGUGCAAGAAGCAGGCAAGUCAAGCCCAGCAAAAGAACCAGUAUCCGGUCGCGCGCGUGCUAACGUGUAAUCGUGUCGAACCUGUACCCAGCCCGCCUGCAGAACCAUGUUGGGACGCGUGAGGCUUAAAGAGAAUGGCAUCAUGGAUGAGGAGCUGCCGACGCUGCUGGAACUCAGCAUGCGUUUCCUGGCCCGGAACCUCUCGGUCAUCUGCACCACCGACCCUGUCACGCACCAGCUGGAACUGAAACAGGACAUCAUCAUACCGAACGAGAUCUGCGACAGAUACCUACGGUACCAGCAAGAGUGCGGUCGCAACAUUAACGACAAUAUCAUCCGGAUAUUCCGUGACAUACAGCGAACGCCUCUGCGCCAUGUCAGCCUGCGCAACAGCACGAUCACGAACGAGGGUAUGCGGAUACUGCUGCAGCAUCAGCUCGAGUCGCUGUCGAUGUGGUACUGCAACAAGAUUACGACCGCCUCCUGGAACAGCCUGAUCGAGCACUGUCGGCAGCUGCGGUCGCUGGAAUUGGGCCGCUUCGUCGAUAUGCUAAAGCACAGCGAGCCGAACGAGAAGACGCCGAUUGACUUCCAGCUGCAGUUGCCGGAACUGCAACGGUUGAAGCUGAACGGUGUGGUGUUGCAACCGACGCUCCAGUUCGGACACCUCACCCAGCUCAUUCAUCUCGAUCUGACCGCGUGCAUCUUCGCCGAAUUCAGCCUGAAAGCGCUGGUCGAGUUGCCGGCCUUGCGCACACUCAUCCUGUUCAACGUGUGGCCCCUCGAGCACGAGUUCCCGACACUGUGCAAGCUGAAGAAUCUUGAAACGCUCGAUCUGUCGGUAUCGCGGGCGAAUGUGGACGGCAACUAUCUGACGCCGAAUAAGCUGUUGGCGAACUUGGUAGAGAAUCUGCCGAAACUGCGGCAUCUUGACAUUUCCGGUACGAACCUGGCCGGUGAUGGAGUGGCCGAGCGGGCUGGCUCGUCGACGGGCAGCAGCUCCGACAUUCCGGGGCUAGUGAGCCGCGUCGAGCGGCCACUGGAUUUCCUAGGCAUCUACUACACAUCGCAUUCGGCCUGCAAGUGGCAUGACAUUCCGGCACUCAGGAUUGCCGGUGAGGCGAACGAGGAACAGAUACUGGUGGCGGCCGUUGCCUAUCAGGAUCGGCACGAGCUGCUGACGAAGGUAUUGAACGAUCUGUACCAUCUGCUGCGGUUCGAAACGUGCAAGCAGAUCCACAAAGCUCUAGACGUCGUCCUGUCCGCGAUGGAUAAGCACAUUCGCGUGAAAAAUAUUCAAAUCAGUGGCAGCGCCACACUGUUUUACAUUGCGAAAGGCCGAGAUAAGAUGAAGUUCGGUGUACCGCUGAAGAACCACAUCAUACACACACUGCUAAACGGCAUGUCGACGCACCUGACGGACGAUACGAUGAUGCGCAACGGUUGUCUAACGCUUUGCCAAUUCAAUAUCCCACAGGAUGUGAUGUUUGAGUACGAGCGCCUGGUACAGAUAUUGCUACACGGUGUGUCAUACCGCGAGCAGGAAGGGUUCGUUCAGCGUAUCGCGAUCUAUCUGCUAAAUUCACUCGCGUGCCAGGUGGACGGCCGCCAAAAGAUGUUCCUCGGCGAUCUAGGUGCUAUUUCGACGAUGCUGAACCUGAUCAAUGAUCGGCUGUCACGGCGCGUGUUCGAUGAUGUGAUGGAGGUAGCUUGGUCAACGAUGUGGAAUGUGACGGACGAGACGGCCAAGAACUGUGAGCGCUUCUUGGACGGUCGAGGCAUGGAGUAUUUUCUCGGUUGUUUAAAACUGUUCCCUGAACGAGAUGAUUUGCUUCGCAACAUGAUGGGUCUGCUAGGAAACGUGGCUGAGGUGAAGGAGCUUCGACCACGCCUAAUGACCCACGAAUUUAUUACCGAGUUCUCCGAUCUGCUCGACUCGUCCAGCGAUGGGAUAGAGGUGAGCUACAAUGCGGCCGGUGUGUUGGCGCACAUCGCCUCGGAUGGGGAGGCCGCCUGGACGAUUGCGAAACCGACGCGUGAAAGCGUGCUACAGCGGAUGGUCGAGGCGAUCGAGCGGUGGGAUCUGUCUGCCGAACGCAACAUCAACUACCGCAGCUUCGAGCCAAUUCUGGGUCUUAUCCGCUGUUAUCAUACGCCCCAGUGUCAGCACUGGGCCGUCUGGGCUUUAGCGAAUCUAACCAAAGUUUAUCCGACCAAGUAUUGUCGGUUGGUCGAACAGGAGCGAGGGGUCCAAUUGCUGCAGGAGCUGAUCGAGGAUCCGCAGCCGUACCCACGCCUUAAGGAGCUGGCUCAGAUCGUGCUGACGCACUGUCGCAGCCUCAGUGAACCCUUGAUGGCGCUGCACGGUGGUGACAUUGCCGUUGACGACACAUCGAACGGUGGCGAGUCGACAGGAAUGGAGCUGGACGGUUAGAUGGCAGCAAGCUAUAGUUGAGUUGAAUAACAAAAGCACGCGAGCGAGUGAUAAAUUAGAGUUUAGGUCUUCAGGCCGCGGGUCCGCGGGAACAAAAUCGGCAAAAUUCAUAGAAUCAUGAAGUCACAGGUACAGCCUCCGGUACAAUGGAAGAAGGAGUAGUAAUGAAACAUUCUCGGUUGGCAAAAUGGGAUCGUCCUUUAAUUUCAGCAAUGAGCUGCAUGUAGAUUGAUUCAGCACAUAAACGCCAAGACGGGCCCCAGAUGAUUGGUUUUCAUGCAUUCUUGCGGUACAAACAUGAUUAACGAGAGCCACUGGUCGUUGCUGUUGUUAACGCUGCUGCCGUCGCUACCACUACUGCUGCUGCAUGUGUACAUAUUAAGUAAGAAUAAGAUUUGAGAACAGAAAUGAAAGCAUGAAAUGUGACCAGGUGAUAAGAAAAGCGCAAACAUAAAUAUGGCGCUAGUGUCUGUACGAAGACAGAAAAGCAGACCCGUCCGUUUGUGUGUUUGGUUGUAGCGCAGCACGAGAGAGAAAGGGAAGAUAGGGUACAGCGCUAGUGUUACCCGUUUUUAGUUUACUUCCCUUUUUAGUACCUACUAAGCUAGUUGUUUGUUGCUUCCUUCUUCUCUUCAUCUCACAAGCAUCCGCUACAAUGAGACCCGCUUCUCUAGCGCUUAGUUUGGCGAACCUGUGUUUCCCUUCUCUAUGUACCUCUAUUCUGCUAUACUGAUAAGGGCCAGUGUUGCCUUGCGAUAAGCGUUUGAAAAAACGGUUGACGACAAUGAUAGCAGCUUUUCUAUUUAUUAACACUUCCUGAUGCAUCCUGACAUUUUAUAAGACCAUUCGACUGAAAGGAGAUAUGAAACACAUAGAAUGUGAAAUUGAAAGUGUUUGGAAGACCGUUCGUUUCCUUGCUUUUUCUCAAUUCAGAAUUCUUUCGAUGGCAUUCGGCCAAAAAUCAACGAAGGCCAUGAGAACGAUAUGCUCGUAUAAACCGUUGUGAGAGUGGGCCAGUUGAUCAUCUUCUCAAGCGCAAGGAACGAUACUGGCGACCCCGUUAGGUUAGAGAAUGGGUAAUUGUUACGGUACGGCAACGAUCUGAACCCAGGAGAGUCAAGAUGUCCCGGGAUGAUAGCGGGAACUCUUAGCUUCUGAAACAGGCUGAAAUGAAUGUAACUUCAAACAAAUAAUACAAAUUCAAUGUGAUGCGAUGUCGUCGGAGCGAUUUAGCAAUACACACGUACACAAAAACAAAGCAACGUAUAAUUAAAAGAAAAUCAACAAACAAACAAAAGAAAGCAAAUAAAGAGCAACUUUCGAAAGAAUGAUUACCGUGAGUCACG